CUUUGCCAUCAUACCAACCUGAUCUAUUAUUUCUUUUGUAUGGAAAACAGUAAAAAAAUAAUAACCUAUAGAAGGAAAAGUUGGAAAGAAUUUUUUUUUCCAAAGAAGGUUUAAUAAGAGCAUCUGUGACCUGGCAUGGCAUAUAUGAAUCAGAAGUUAACUAAAUUAAGAAAUCGCUGUAACUAGUUAGUUUCAAGCUAAUCAGCCACAAGAAUAAUGUUUGUUAUGCCAUUAAUAAGGUAUAUUCCAAGAGGACAGCAGAAUGCUCAAUAGACAAGAUACGAAGGCCAAAACAAAGGACCAGACAUACAAAUAUCAUUGAGUUGGAGAUGAUGCUUCAUACAAAUUCUGUUAAGGAGAUGAAGACCAACACGGCUUCUGAAAUAAUAAGACUUCUGGAGGAGAGAAGUAUUCAUGUCUUUGAAAACCACAGUGAGCCAUCACUGAACAUCUCCGACUGCAUGACAAUUGUUGUGCCAGAGGAAGUCUUCUUCACCAUUGCUACAGUAGGAAUCCUGGAGAACCUGCUGGUGCUCAUUGCAGUAGGGAGGAAUAAGAAUCUGCAUUCCCCCAUGUACAUUUUCAUUUGCAGCUUAGCUGUUUCAGACAUGUUAGGAAGUUUGUCCAAGACUCUGGAGAAUAUCUUCUAUAUCAUAUUUUGCAAAAUGAGAUACCUUCCAUGUCGUGGAAAGAUGGCAACAACUGUGGAUGAUAUUAUAGAUUUCAUGUUUAUUUCAUCUUUACUGGGAUCAAUUUUCAGCCUUUCAGCCAUUGCCGCUGACCGAUAUAUAACGAUAUUCUAUGCACUGCGUUACCAUAACAUCAUGACUCAAAGGCGGGCUUUGCUGAUUUUGCUGGUGAUUUGGACUUUCUGUGCAGGGAGUGGCAUAGCAAUGGUGAUUUUCUCCCAUGAGACUGCAACUAUUGUAUCUUUCUCAGCUCUGUUUUAUUUCAUGCUCAUUUUUAUCCUCUGCCUUUACAUCCAUAUGUUUCUGCUUGCCCGUUCCCAUGCCAUAAAGAUUGCCUUGAUGCCUGCAAGUUCUGUCCACCAGAGAGCUAACAUGAAAGGAGCCAUUACGUUAACAGUGUUACUUGGUGUUUUUCUCUGCUGCUGGGCUCCCUUUGUUCUUCACAUGCUUCUCAUACGGUUUUGCCCCGAAAACCCUUACUGUGUUUGCUAUUUGUCCAUCUUCCAUGUCAAUGGUAUGUUAAUCAUGUUCAAUGCUGUCAUUGAUCCCAUGAUUUAUGCAUUUCGAAGUCCAGAACUGAGAAGUACUUUUAAAAGAUUGUUCUGCUGCUGGCAGCCAAGCUGGGCUUAGCUACUAGAAAUUCAAAACUCCAGUGAGCAAGUUAUCAUGUAGGAUCUCAAGGAUUCUAAAGCAGGAGUCUCCAACCUUGGCAACUUUAAGACUUGUGGACUUAAACUCCCAGAAUAUACAUACGCUGGCUGGGGAAUUCUGGGAGUUGAAGUCCACAAGUCUUAAAAUUGCCAAGGUUGGAGACCCCUAUUCUAAAGGAUCUAAACAUGUCAAUUAUCAAUGCUGCUCCCCCAAGCUUAACAUCAGUAAUUAGACUGCCAUCAGAUAUAGGCCUCACUCAGAUCUUUGUACAUAGAUAAUGAAAUUCCUUAGAAUUUGCCAAAGGAAUCUGCAGUAUUAGGGCAUUACAACUGAAGUUGCUAUAUUAUUUACUGCUGAUCAAUGCAUAUGUUUUCUGUAACCAAUUAAGACAUUCUUUGAGCUAAUGCACAUAUUUAUCCUUUAUUCUUUCCACCUAGUAAUAGGAUUUUGCUCAAAUCCGUAUAUUGCACUAUAUGCUGCAGCUGUUAAACAAGAAUCAGAUUGUAAAAUAUGUUUUUGUUCCCCUUUGCUUUAGGUUCCAUCUUCCUCUUAUAAAAACAAUGUGUAUUAAUGAUUUGCAGAAUCAAAGAAAAUAGCUUCAAUACUGCUAAAGAAUAGCCAGGUUUCAGACCCAUAGAGCAUGUUAUAAUCUAGGAUCAACAUUCAGGAAACAUAAGAAAUAUCUCCAAAACAUACUGACCAACAGUCAUGACUAAUAUAUUUAACCCCCAUGUACAAAGGCAUCCCCUCCCUCUGUACAAUUUCUGGGGAACACAUUGGGAUAUGUUACUACAGUCAUGUCCUGGGUGAUAUGCCAUAGAUACCUGAGAGGUCAUUAAGGAAACAAGUCAAUGGACUAAAUAAAUUUGUUAUCCCACAUAAUAAUGCUUUUCCAUAAAGAGGUGGCUAUAAGGAGACAUACAUUAUCUGUGCUGUGGGGUUUUUUUUAAAGAAAUUAACACCUUAAUUAUUAUCUGACUCUGUCCCAAAUGUUGUUGUUGUUGUUGUCGUCAUCGUUAUCAUUUUAUCUCAUUAUUGUCAUCACCCUUAUCACACUAUUUGUGUUAUCUCUUAUUUAAAAUAUCACAGCUUUGAUAAGAGGAAUGUUACAAUAGACAAAAUGGUCAAUAAAUAACAUCAAUAGAACUGUUAUCAAUUAAUAAAACAAAUUUCACACUUUCUAUAAUAUUUGUUACUUCUUAGAUGAACUGUAAGUAUCACAAAAUAUUUUACAAAUUACUUACUAUAUUCAUCUUAGAUAUCUGGAACAAAAGAAUCCAAGCAGAAGCCAAAAAAAUGUGUCCAGAUAAAAAUGUUCUUGGUUAUUUUAGGUUAACUUAAUAUUUCUCAUCCAAACUGCUUCUUGUGCUGAGAUCCACAAAGGUGUUUUCAGGCGCAACCUGAGUUGGUAUCUAUUCCAUAUUCUCAAUAUGAUACAUCUAACAUAAUGAUUUUUAAAAUCCACCUUAACCUUGACUUUAUCAUACCAUAAUUAUCCAUGCUACCCAAAUCUCAGGUCAUAUCCUUCUAACUCCAAAAGCCUUCUGUUUCUCAGCAGUAGCUACUCUUUCAUCCAUGGAUAACAUAACCCUUGAGUUGAUUUCUUAUAAUCAGCAUCUAGAGGCUGAAGCUGUUGGCAAGGGGCAAUAGAAAAGUGUUCAUUUAAAAAAAUCUAUUGUCCAUCAUAUUCGCCAAAGCUAUUCUCCAAAGCACCUGAAGGCAGGACAAGAAGCAAUAGAUGGAAACUAAUCAAGGAGAGAAGCAACCUAGAACUAAGG